UCAGCCUGUGGACUUUCAUAAAGCACGGAGGCUCUUGGAUUUGAUCUUAUAUUCCGUCCGUUUUGUCUUUAAUUUCUAUUAAGGCAUUAAAUGAAAUCGAGUCGCUAUCCUAUGCAGUGUAGUCUUAUUUACCCGUAUUGUUGGCCCCGUUCCUGGGGCUGUAUUAUUUAGUCCUGACAGUAAAAGCGCUCAAGGACUUUCCCGAGCGAACCCUCCGUAAAGUUACUGCUUAGCCCAGCAAAACACCGUGACACAGCAAGCUCUUCGCGCAUUACCUGCGACUGAACCCCAGAGAGUACCUGCCACGAGAGGAAAGGGCUGCGAUUGUACUUAAAAAGGGAAGGUUGUUAUGAUGCGCCCGGGGUACUGUAGCAACCUCCGCCUCGGCUCGGACUGAUCAUUGGAAACAGACAGCGAAAUAUCUUAUCCUGCAUUCUCAAGGUAGAAGGAAAACAACUCGAGCGGCUGAGAGAAAUUCCCACCCCCGGUCGGGUUUACUUUCAUUCGCUCUUUUAUGGAUAAUGCGCGCAGAUGAAUGACUUUAGCACGAGGUGGGAGUGAAUAAAGCUUUUAAACGGACUGUCAGAAUAGCAGUCUCUGAAUAACAGACGCCCCGAAAAGCUCGUUUGCUUUGACAAAAACUUUUCUUUUGACGUUUCGUGAGAGCCGCCUAUGCGUAUCUGUUUAUUCCCACGCGGCAGCGAUUGUAUUGCCAUUUUAUUAUUUUUGCCUACACAGCCUUGCGCAGCGCAGCUCCUCGUGUCAGUCUGACUGGAACUUUUAAACGGGAAGACUUGAGCAGACGGGGUUUGGUCGAUGAACUUGUUGCGGUGAGUCCCCUUUAAACCCUGACAGCCUGUUUGUACUGGAGUGUCUGGACAGUUUGUUUGUAGAUCAUGGAGGUUACGCUCGGGUUAGGAGAGGUUUGCGAGUCCCCAGACGCAGUUUUUCACGGACCUUACCAAAGCGUUUUUCGCGUCGUGCGAGCGAGCAGCGCUGCCGUCGCGCAGAGUUUGGACAUGUCGAGCUCGAGGAAGUGCGGCUGCCUGCACGAUACGGUGCUGAGGGAAAUGCAUUUAAGCAAGCUGUCUCCCAGUACGGGCUCAUGCUGCCCCGAGAAAGAGUGUGAGAGUGCGACUUCGCUGAUGGAGGCUGAGACGAGCCGUAUCCAUUUUCUCAACAAGAGUUUAACAGGAAGCAAAAGCGACUCGUUUGUGUCAUCUGGCGGCUCGGCCCGUAAGGACGCCACCGAAAGCGGCGGCAGUUGCACGGGGUCGCGUCGGGGCGCUGACACGGGACAGAAAAGCGGCGUCGCUGAUGAAGUUCACACGCGCGAGUUGGGCUCUUGCCGUGACGCAAGUGUGGCGAGUAGUCGCGCGUGCAGCACCAGCAGCAGCACCAUCUCUGAUACAGCGCGAGAGCUGUGCAAAGCCGUGUCCGUGUCUUUGGGCUUAGCCAUGGAGUCCAGCGAACUAGGCGAGGUGGGACCGUACCACGCUCCGCCACCGCCCUUGAACACUGAAAGUAGUGGUGAAGAAAUGUAUUUGUAUGGAAUGCCUUUGCUAGAAUGUUCAGUGAGCGAACGGGAGGCAGGAGGUAAAGGCAGAAGAUACGCACUCGCGGCGGGACGAGACAGAGUUGCAGAGAUGCACGGGAGCGACAAAGUCCUCGGGAUGUUCAAAACUGGCAACCUGGAGCAGCUUUCAGGUGAGGGGACGACCUUGCCGUGCAACAACUCAUCUCAUACGCACUUAUCGGCGGACGUGCAGGAGGUGCAUGAGUUCGGCAGCCUGUCCGGGGACAUUGCCAACCUGAGUUCAGAAGGCACAUCGGCGGCGACAGCACCGGAUAUGGACGCAUCACGAGCGGCCUCGUGCCAGUUUGAACAACUGUUGCCCGCGAACAUGUCCCAUUUCGUCCACCCGGAGUCAUUGCACACAGAACUCAAUAACGGGCCGAGUCGGAGCUUUGGAAAGCCCGCGUCUAUGUCCCAUGAGUUUGCGGGACCCGCGGAGGACAGAUACUCCAAUUACAUGAAUCUGUACAACGUCAAAAUAAAAUCCGAGAUGAUGCCCCGUGAACUGAACGAGACCUGGGCGUACCAGCAUAGGUACGCUGAGGACGGCAACGGGCAAUAUGUGCCUCCCAAGCAGAGGGAUCCAUACGCUACUGGCCACGAAGCACCUUUCAUCUGUAACCCCUACGAGUACGGGCGAAGCGGGGCUCUGGUUCCGCGGGAGCGACCUCCACCCGAACAGUGGUACCCGGGCGGGAUGCUGACCCGUCCCCCUUACCCUAACGUGCCCUGCGUAAAAAACGAAAUGGGCGAAUGGCUGGAUGUAACACCCUUCGCAGACAGCAGGUUUGAUGGAGGAAGAAGCGAUAUUUUCCCGAUGGAGUUUUUCUUACCUCCACAAAGGACCUGCCUCAUCUGCUCUGAUGAAGCAUCUGGAUGUCACUACGGGGCUCUCACUUGCGGAAGCUGCAAAGUUUUCUUUAAAAGAGCUGCCGAGGGGAAGCAAAAGUAUCUCUGCGCUAGCAGGAACGACUGCACCAUAGAUAAACUGAGGAGGAAGAACUGCCCGUCCUGUCGUCUGAGGAAGUGCUUUGAGGCGGGGAUGACACUAGGAGCCCGUAAGCUGAGGAAGAUCGGACAGAUGAAGAGUCCAGAGGAGGUCCACGACCCGUCAAAGAUGCUUCAGUCCCUGUCGCCCAAGCCGAAUCUGACGUUCCAUUCACAGCUCAUUUUCCUCAACAUUCUGGAGGCCAUCGAGCCCGAGGUAGUGAAUGCCGGCCACGAUCACGCUCAGCCUGACUCUGCGGCCGCUCUCCUCACCAGCCUGAACGAGCUGGGAGAGAGGCAACUGGUGAAGGUGGUGAAAUGGGCCAAAGGACUACCAGGUUUCCGUAACCUGCACGUGGAUGAUCAGAUGACAGUGAUACAGCAUACCUGGAUGGGAGUGAUGGUCUUCGCUCUGGGUUGGAGGUCCUAUAAGAACGCCAACGCGCGGAUGCUGUACUUCGCGCCAGACCUGGUGUUCAACGAUCGUAGGAUGCAUAUCUCCAGUAUGUACGAGCACUGUGUUCAGAUGAAGCACCUCUCUCAGGAGUUUGUGCUGCUGCAGGUCACACAGGAAGAGUUCCUCUGUAUGAAGGCCCUCCUUCUUUUCAGCAUCAUUCCAGUAGAGGGGCUGAAGAGUCAGAAGUAUUUUGAUGAGUUGCGUCUGACAUACAUAAAUGAGCUUGAUCGUUUAAUCAACUAUGGCAGGAAGACCAACUGCGCCAUGCGCUUCCAGCAGCUGACGCGAUUGAUGGACUCCCUUCAGCCUAUCGUAAGAAAGUUGCACCAGUUCACCUUCGACCUCUUUGUUCAGGCUCGGUCCCUACCCACGAAGGUCAGCUUUCCCGAAAUGAUUGCAGAAAUCAUCUCGGUCCAGGUGCCAAAGAUCCUCGCUGGCCUGGCUAAACCAAUCCUGUUUCACAAGUGACAGGACUACAUGAACCACCGAUCCAUACCGACCCCGUCCAGGCAAUAUGAGCCAGUCAGUUCGGCCUGAUCCAGUUCGAUCCAGCCUAAACCAGUCUGUGACGCUUUUAAUCUGGACUCGAUUCGAGCCAAGAGACUGAACGAUACUGAUUUUUGCUUUUCCAUUUUUUAGCAUUUCUCACUCCCCCCCCCCCCCCCCCCUUUCUAUCUCAGUUUCUCUCUCACCCUCCUUUUUGAAAAAUGGCCCUGAAAAGUAGCGGGACCAUUACAUCAUUACAGUUGUCUAUCUUCUCCUCAGAGAUCAUUUGAGCUCAUUUUCUCAAACUGACAGCAUGGUGUGAAGCAGGUUUUGUUCUUUCUUUCGACCAGCAGUUAUCCUUCAAGAGUUACAGCGUGUUGCCUAGUGGACAGGUUGGAAAAAAAUAUCACACUGCAGAUUCAUCUGAGCCCUUCAUCAAAAAAAAAAAAAUGACAUUACGCAGAUCCCUAUCAGGUACGGGAGCCUGUGACCUGCCUCAACUCUCUAUGCAUCGUGUCUGCCGGGGAUAAAAAAGGUUGCAUUUAUUGUCUGUGACUCGAGAGAUCAGGAGCAGACGAAACAGCAUGCGUACAGAAAUAAAUCCCGACGUCACGAAAACUGAGACGCAUGAUUUUUUGUGCCUGUGACUUUUGCUCUUUUUUGUUAGAUCGACGUUACUACCUAGAGUACUGUACUAUUACAAAGAGUAUAGUAUUUAGUACAGAAGGACAAUAAAGCAUCUCCCUGUUUUUAUUACAUUAUCGAUUGUAAAUCAAAGUGCUUUAAUCUCCCAUGAAAUUUUGAAGCUCUUUAAAAAAAGGCACUGGUGAUUUGAGAUAUCCGAAAGGUUUGUGUAAAAAUUACUUUUUAGUUCGAUUGAAAGUCUGUUUAAAUGUGUCAAAUCAGUUGUAACACGAGAAAUUGCCUUCUUUAGACUUUUGUUAAGCCAGGGCCUGGUCUUUUUUAUUGCCCUUUUUUUUAAAACCUGAAUAUUUAACUGCAAGUUUUGGGGUAUAAUAUUGUCAGUUUAAAGAUCUGUGUAUAUUUAACAGAAAUACAGCAAAGCUUGGGUCAGCAUAGAAUAUGUUGAACUAUAUAUAUAUAUAGGCUACGUAUAUGCAUGCUGUCUUCAUAUCCAUUACAACAAAACAACAAACAAAUAAUUGCAUGCUAAAGCCCUAGAUAUUAUAACAAACCAAACUGCAUUUCCAGUAAGCUAAAUGGUUAUUGUUAGGAAACGGGGCUGUUUCCCAUAAGGCUCUUAUGAAGUUACUCUCUCUCUCUGUCCUUAAUGGAAGAUUUGGCAAGGUAAUGUUCUUGUAUAUACAUGUAAAAGUUAAGCGUGGUUCUUUUCAACCUUUCUAUGUGCUAAUGUAUGGAUGUAGUCAAUAGUUUUACAGUACAGUUUCCUCUCUUUCCUUUCUAGUAAGUGCCACUGAGGGAUUUGUAUUUCUCUGCGCUAGCAAUAAGUAAUCCAAUGCUUAACACACUCUUUUACAAGCUGUUUUGUGAUACCAACACACGCUUAAAAUGGCGCACAGCUUAAAACCGAUAUAUAAAAAAACUGAAAAACGACGUUUGGCUAACACGGGAUAGUACUGUUAUUUUAUCCGAUAAAUAAUCGCUUUUACCAAACGUAAUCACCAUCAACUGUCGCGAGACGGCGCGGCGCGUGGUGCUAACUCGGCCGUUGAAUGAGACAAACGUCAAAAAAAAAACGUGUGUGUUUUUACUGUGUAGUUACGCGCUUUUGCUUCAAUUAAAGCAUUCUCACUUUUUAUCUGUCAGAACGGAACAUCUUUACUCGCUUUCCUCAUACUUGGCUAACCGCGCAUCCUUUUCUAGACGCCGUGUCACCUUCUUUCACCAAGCGCGCGCUCGGUUUCUAAAUGAUUGAAUAAUGCCUGCGGCGUUAUGUAUGUAGAUUACUCUUUAAAGAGCCCGGAAGUCUCGGCGACGCGUUGUCUUUGUCAGGCCCGGCGUGACCUGGGGUGUACUUUCGGUAGAGCAGGGAGUUUCACGCAGACUUAAAACGACGAGAUGUGGUUGAGCUGCCGCUAGCUCUCGGAGCGCGUUGACGGUUUAAAUGUGCCAGGCAGAGAAUAGGCUGUCAGAAACGGCUCCUCUGCUCUGACAGCACCAAGCACCGCGCAAUUACACGCAGGUGUUUACCCAUUUAGACGGCCCGAAAGCACUCAUUAGAAUUUGCAGAACUCCAAACUGCACUUUUACCCUGCCAAAAAAGAGCUCAUGACUUCCACCGCAAGUAUGUAGCGCUUUAGGAUACAGCCAAACGCGUUUGAUCAUCCAGACGUUCAUUAGACGUCCGGGUUUGGAUUUUAAUUAACAACGACGACAACGUGCGGGGAGAAUACACGCAUGCGAACGCCGCCGUCCGGCUCACGUUAUAUAGUUCACAUAUUCGGCUUUGAGAGGGAUUUGUGCUCUCGCUGUCUUACACUCGUCUGUUUACAGUGGAAAGUUACUCAAAUGUAACACCUCAUUUGGCUCACGUCGCGCUCAUGAACUGACUUGUGCUUGGAUGGUCCGUAAGCUGAUUUACAUUGUGACUUUCUUAACACAUCUCUUAUGAGCUAUGAUGUAGAACUUUUGUGUGUGUUGGUUUUCAAUUAAAGUCUUAAAUGGUUUCAGA